GAGUUAGAGAACAGCUAUAUCAAGCUUGACUGGAUUGUAGAUCAGAUCGUACCCGCCAGCAGAGGAAAUUGUUGGUGAGAAUCAGACAACAUAGGAACUGCCAUCUCCUCUACGAUACACACUAUCUGCAGGAUAGAUCUGUCAAAAUGGCUAGUUCUUUGCCCUUUAGGGAUAUCAACGUCCAUGCCUCAACAUCGCAUUACGCAUUCACAUCACCAUCUUCACCCUCGGCACCAACACUUGUAGUUGAUCGACCAACAGGAGAUAUACGACUAAAUGAUGGAGCACUCUUGGGAGGAAAGCGUGUCUCCAGUAUUGCUGGCAUCUUGGGCAUGAUCAAGCUACGACUGGAUAAGUACAUUGUUGUAAUUACAAAGGCACAACCUAUUGGAAGACUGAAGGGGCAUAUGGUAUUUAAAAUUAUCACAACCGAAUUCCUACCUCUACGAGAACGAGCGCUUCGAGACCAAGACGAAGACACCUACCUAAACCUUCUUAAGAUCUUCAUCAAGUCUGCACCGAUGUACUUCUCAUACUCUUCCGAUAUUACCAACACUUUUCAGAGGCAAUCGCAGCUCGACACAUCAGCUCCUCUAUGGAAGCGAGCAGACGACCGAUUCUUUUGGAAUAAGUUCAUACAAUCAGAUUUAAUAGAUUUCCGAACAUCAGGAUCUCGACACCAACAUGGACAACAGCCAGCGGUGGAUCCGUAUAUCUUGCCAGUUAUGUUUGGAAUGUUUGAGAUUGUUAACACUAAAGUCAAGUCUACCCCAUUGACAUUUAUCUUGAUUACUCGAAGAUCCAGAUACCGAGCUGGAACUAGAUACUUUUCUCGUGGUGUAGACGAGGACGGGCAUGUUUCGAAUUUCAAUGAGACGGAACAAGUUAUCAUUUUGAAUGACAAUACCAGUGGGCUUGGUGGAUUUGCCGGAGGUGCUGGAAUGCAGAAUGGCAAAGUUGGAGCAUCAGGCGACAAGGAGAUGCAGAUAUUGUCAUAUGUACAAACCAGAGGAAGUGUCCCGGUAUUUUGGGCAGAAGUCAACACUUUACAUUAUACACCGAAACUUCAGAUUCGAGGAAUAGAGAGCGCCGUUCCUGCCGCUAGAGCGCAUUUCGACGAGCAGAUCCGAAUUUAUGGUGAUAAUUAUUUGGUAAAUUUGGUAAACCAGAAGGGGCGUGAGCAGCGGGUAAAAGAAGCAUAUGAACAGAUGGUAAAGAUUUUGGUUUCGGCGCCAACUGAAAGCAGACAGAGUGAUCAAAUUACAGAUGAGAAAUUCCGGGUUGUUGAGCCUAGUGGAAAGAGACAAGAGAUGGACAGACUGCACUACGUAUACUUCGAUUUCCACAACGAAACCAAAGGGUUGAAAUGGCACCGAGCACAAUUACUCCUUGACCAACUUAACUCUGCCCUUGAAGCACAACAGUAUUUCCGUGGAAUUGAUAUGCCAGCUGAUAUCGACGGUCGUCUCGAAGUUCGCAAUCAUCAGACUAGUGUUGUCCGCACAAAUUGCAUGGACUGCCUUGACAGAACAAACGUUGUCCAAAGUAUGCUUGGCCGCUGGACUCUCAAUCGCCAGUUGACGGAUCUUGGUGUUCUCACUCGUGGUGAGAACUUUACAACUGCCGAUCCCGAGUUUGAAGUCCUUUUCCGUAAGCUUUGGGCCGACAACGCUGAUGUCGUCUCCAAAUCCUAUUCUGGAACAGGCGCCCUCAAAACAGACUUCACAAGGACAGGCGUGAGGACUAAAGCUGGUGCUCUUCAAGAUCUCCAAAAUUCUAUCACGCGUUACGUGAGAAACAACUUCCUAGAUGGACCUAAGCAGGAUUCAUUUGAUCUAUUCCUAGGCUAUUAUCUUCCUAGCAAUGCAAAUAUUGGCUCGCAUCUUAUUACUGCGGAUAGGAGACCAUUACUCAUUCAAAGCAUCCCUUACAUCCUCGCCUUCAGCAUUUUCUUCGUCUUUGUUGGCCUCUUCACCCCUCGUCUACCUAAUGCCGCUGUAUUACCGUUGAGAAUUUGGGUUUUGGUUUGGUUAGUAGUAGGAGCAUGGUGUGCUAAUUUCGUUUUUGGCAACGGAAUGCUAUAUGUCAACUGGCCCAAGCUCAACCCACGCCCUUGGGCAACAGAAGGCUAUAACGAAGCAAUAAGCAACGCACGCAAAGAUAAAUUAGUCGGUGGACUAGUAACAACUAAGCACGAGCGUGGAUUAAGCACAGCUCGUUACGCGAAUGCGGAGGAAGGAAAAAAGAGAAUCGAGUAGAUUUUUUUUCUUUGGUGUUCUUAUUUCUCUAUUCUUCUUUCUAUUACCUAGAAUGCUUAAAAUUGCAUGCAAGCUCUUUAAUUACCUAUUUGAGAUAUUUAUUGCUGAUGCGUGUGAUUCCAUUUUCUUUUACGUCUGUUUUGUUCGGGGCGCGGGUGAAUGGAGAGCGGAAAGAGCAGUGAUUGCUAUACAUGGAAAUGUUAUUGAUAGCGUGGGCGUGCAUGAGCGUGUAUGCUUUAGAUCUGAAAAAAUGCUGAACUUUAAAAAAAAUUGCAUUCUGAGAACGCGAUUCAGGAGGAGGGAAUGGCUGGACGGGACUGAAUGGAAUUAGGAAAGGGCUGGGUGGAAUGGAAAUGGAAAUGGAAACGGGAAGGGAAAGGGGUUCAAGUAAACUGUAAUUCUAUAGUAUAGAUAUUAUACA